AUGUUUUUAUCAUUGUUUAUACUUAGCUCUUCUAAAAAAUUUAAGCUCAGGAAUAUUCAACCAAGUGACUUCCAAAUCGAGUUGUCGAAUGCCCCAGCAGAACACCAUCCAAAAGGCCAAAGAAUCACGAUUUCAGGUCAAGUUAAACUUUCUGAAUCAGUUGAAAUGUAUCCUGAUGAUGAGAUGUUCUAUGUGGUUGCACUCACUCAUCCUGAAGGUGACACAUUUGGUCAAGAGUUUUAUUCAGCCGAUAUAAAUUCAGAUGGAGAAUGGAAACAGUUUACGAUUGUGAUUGAUGGCUCAGAAAAUUAUGGAUUAGGAAAGCACACAUUUACAAUUUUUGCAAGAACAUAUACUUCUGAAGAAUCUGAACAAAUUGAAACAUACUUUAACGUUGUAGAUCCAAGUGACGUCCCCGUGACCCCAGGAUCCGAUUCAAAGCCAACAAUCACAGGUCCUGACAAUAUUGCUAGUCAAUAUAAUCCUAGUGACGAUAUCAAAUUUGACGUUACAGUAACAGAUGAUAAAGGAUUUGAAGUUUAUUACAAAUUUGACGAAGGAGAAGAGAAACCAUGUUCCGAUAAGUAUCCAUCAAGCCCCCGUACAGGUAUCAAAAUAACUCUCAAAAUCGAUAUUCCAGACAGUCUUGAACCAGGACAUCACCAGCUUCAUGUUUAUGCAAAGGAUGAUGCCGAUCAAGCGUCAGAAACACCACUUGUUUACAAUUUCGAAGUUAUACGUGAGAACAAGCCAAGAUUAAGAAAUGUCCAUGUUUCGAAAACCGAAGUACAUAAUCAAGAGUUUGUAAAAAUUAAAGGUGAAGUAAUCUAUCCAGAAAGUGGUGAACAAAUAUCCGUUAAAAUAAUCUUUGGUGAAUAUCACACAGAUGAAAUUUAUGUAGGACAAUCAGAUGGAACUUGGAAACAAUUUGAAAUGGAAAAUUAUGCGAUUAGUAGUGAUGUACCUGUUGGAAAAAUCAGAGCAUUUAUCAGGGCUUAUCAUAGAACAGAUACUUCAGAUGACAUAGUUAUCCCAUUUGAAAUUAAGAAUGAUGAUCCAGAAAUUGCACAAAGAACACCAGAACCAACACCAGAUCCAAUUGUCCCUGAUGUUCCGGAGUUAUUCGCUCCAGGAUCGAUUGAUGCAGAAUAUAGGCCAAGUCAAUCACUUCCAAUCGUUGUUAAUGUUUCAUCCAAGUAUGCAUUCAAGGUAUACUACAAGUUUGAUGAUAGUGACGAGGUCGAAGCAACAAUUGAAUACCCACAGACAAACGGAGCAUUCGUUACUAUUUCACUUAAUAUUGAGUUCCCAGAAGAUUUGCAAAUGGGAAGUGAACAUAGAUUCAUUGUAUAUGCUCGAGGAGAUAAUCGCAAGUCAACAGAAUAUAUAUACAAAUUUAACUUCUUGGAAGAAAUUAUUCCAAAGAUCAAAUCAUUGAAUGCCCCAGAUUCCGUUACAGCUGGUAAUUUUAUGGACAUCACUGGAGAAUAUGAAAAUCCAAGCGGACACGUACUUGAUUUAUAUUAUAAAUUAAAUGAAGAAGAUGAACAAUCCAAAACCGAUUUUGCAGGUGAAACAGAGAAUUCAAUUCAUUUAACUAUAUCAGCUCCCGGUUAUAACCAAAAUGUCAACAAAUUAGUUAUUAGACUGUAUGACACAGAGAGCAACUUGUAUUCGAGACCAAAGACAGUUACUUUCAGUACCACAGAUGGUUAUGAUUCAACAGAUCCAACAAACAGUAAACCAGAAAUUGUAGAAGCUCCAGCUUCAAUCAAUCCAAACUAUGAUGUCGGACAAAAUAUUGAGAUCGCAAUUAAAGUCAAAGAUGAGAAGAAAUUCAGGAUGUGCUACAAAUUUGAUAGUAGAAAUGAAACUGUUCUAGAAACUGAAUAUCCAAGUACAUCAACGCCUACUCCAUUAAAUCUUCAAAUCACUAUUCCAUCUACAUUAAGUCCAGGUCAGCACACUAUAUCAAUUUAUGCCAAAGAUGAAUCAGGACAAGAUUCAGAUCCAAAGACAUAUACUUUCAAUAUCAAUGCCGACCAAACACCAGUUAUAGGUACAUUAACUGUAAACCCUGAAAGCCAAGAACAGUAUGGAUUUGUUACUGUUUCAGGAACAGUAUCAGUUGAAGCGACAGGAAAGACAAUUAAACUAAAGGUAAUUUUCACUACGGGUGAAUCUAGCGAUGUUACAGUCUUAGAAGAUAAAUCAACAGGCCAGCCACAAAAUUUCGAAAUUACUUUUACUAAUCCAUACGGUGAAGUUGGAGCUCAUACUGCAAGGGUUCAUGCCGAAACGGAUCCCACAUACUCAGCAGAAAAGGAGUUCAGUUAUAGCGUUAGAGCUACUCCACCAGAUCCAAGAGAUCCUAUUCUAAUAGUAGAACAGGUCAAAUCAAAGUAUGGAAAUGACGAACAAAUAUCUAUAAAGGUCAAGAUCCAAGCUGAUGCUAAUUUCAAUAUCUAUUACAAUUUAGGUGGAGAAGAUACUAAAAUUACACAAACAGAAAUCCAAAAGCAAUGGAAUCCACCAUACGAACAUAAUUAUGAUUUAACACUUCCAGAGGAUAUUGUGCUCGGAUCAAAGGUCUUGACAAUUUAUGUUCAAGAUAAUAAUGAAAAGAGAGCCACAAAGCGAUUUGAGAUUGAGAUUAUUCAAGCUCAAAAGCCAUAUAUCAGAAAAUGCACAUCACCAAAAUAUAAUGUAUUCCAAGAAGAAAAAGUCGAAAUCACUUGUGAAAUAAUGCAUCCACGUGUUGGACAAACAACAAGAGUACUUUAUGAAGUCGAUGGUGACGAAAGAGACAUAGGUACAUUAAUAUUAAAUGAUGGAUGGGAAACCUUCAAAGGAGAGUUUCAAGUACCAUUUAUUGAUGGAGCAAAGACCUUUAAGAUUUUUGCCAUUGAUGAAGCUGACAAGAGAUACUCUCCAUAUGUUCUUAACUUCAUGGUUUAUGAAAAUGAACAAAAUGUUCCAACAAGGACACCAACUCCAGAACCAGAUCCAAAUGAUAAUGAUCCACCUGUAAUCGCUCCACCAGAUAAUAUAAAUUCUGAGUACGAAGUUACAGAUGCAAUCGAGUUUGACAUGAGUGUAACCGAUGACUCAUGA